AUGUCAGUAGAUCAACUCGCUUAUGGCGUACUGGUGAGAUUUCGGAGCCAAUUUAUGUUCGGGAUCCUGCAGCAGUCCGACGCCGCCCUGGGCAAGAUCCCGCGAUCCCGCAGCAGGGUUCUGGGUCAGUUAUUGGAAAAGGUCCGUCCCAACAUCCAGGAGAGAGAACGCAGCAAGUCGGCGGGGCAGACGGAAAAGCCAUUGUCGACGCCACAGAAACCCACUGUCAAAAAACCGUUCAUGACAAGCCAGCAGAUGAACAUCGACAAGCUGGAGGCGCACAUCAAGGAGAAGCUGCACGACAUCAUGAACAGGCGCCAGAGUCAGCCGUCCUCCAAGUCCGACACCGAGACGGAGCGGAAGUUGCUGAAGGAUGACAGGAAGCUAAGCAAGACCGACCUGGAGUCUAUCGCCAAACUCGGAUCGAAGCAGCGCAUAAUGUACAAGAAGAUCGGGAAGAGCUGCGACAAGAUAAACGCCUCCAGCAAGUCGGACAGCGAGGUGAAGAAGUGCAAGUCCGAGUCGGAGUACCAGAGGAUCUCCGACGCGACCAGCCAGAACAUCAAGGCGUUGGUGCACGAGACCAGGUCGAGCCCCAGCAGCCCCAAGGGCAAGAACAAAUGCAAGCCGCCCGCGAAACAGCCGAAGAAGAAGGUCUACCCCUACAGCGACGGCGAGGACAACGUCUUCUACUCCAUGCACGACUCGGCCGACUCGCUGAGCACCUCCAGCCGCCGCUCGAGUCUCGAGGGCAACGACAAGACCCUGGUGGUGGUGAUCAACCGCCGCAACAAGAACAUGUCGCUGGCCCAGAAGCAGCGCAGCUGGGAGACCUUCCCGCCGAAGAGGCGGCACCACAUGUGCCACAAGAUGUCCGCCCCGACGCCGCCCAUGCCGCCGCUGCGGAAGGCCGACAGUUUCGAGGGUCACGAGGAGGCGGUGAAGAGCCUGGUGGCCGCCGUGCAGGAGACCAGGCGGAAGCCAAAGGGGGGCAAUUAACCGAUAGGGAACGCGGAGCGGUCUUACGAAUAUACGGGAAUCUUCAUGUAUGC